AUGGAGCUCCACGUUCGCGCGUGCUCAGCGCGUGACUUGCUAGACAAACAGACGUUCGGCAAGCAGGAUCCCUACUGCAAGCUCACGCUGCGCCGCAAGAGCUUCAGGACGCGCGUGCACGACAACGGCCAUAAGACGCCCGUGUGGAACCAAGUGUUUAUCUUUCCAGUCGUGGACAUCCAGCUGGACCAGCUCGUCCUUGAAGUGAAAGACAAGAACUUUACCGCCAGUACACUCAUUGGCGAGUGCCGGCUGCCCGUGACCAUGUUCGUAGACGGCAGCGUCACGGAUCAGUGGUACACGCUCCACAAUGGCUCAAAACGUGCGGGGGAGAUCAAUCUGCGCGUGCAGCUCAAGGGAUCAGGGGUGCCGUCCAAGGGACCUGGGGUGCAGCCAGUACCGAUGGCAUCGUCUACUGGCAAAGCUCUUCAGCCACCGACAGCAGCUCAAGCUUAUCCGUACCCCCAGCAGUCGGGUUACCCACCCACGCAGCAGUACCCUUCGCCUUACCCCCCGGUGGCUUCUUGUACCGCUCCUGCUGCUGCAGCUGCUGCGUCAGCACCUCAGCAGUACCCGCCACAGCCAUACUACGCACAGCAACCACACCCCCCUCCGUAUGCACAGGCACCACCACCUCACUAUGGUCAGCCACCCGCACACCAGUACCCUGGACAGCCGCCUGCAGCACAGUACGCCGGACAGCCACCGUACUAUCAGUCGCCUCCUGUGGCUACUCCGGCCUAUGGCUACUCCCCUCCACCCGCUGCGGCUUACGCUGGAGGACCUCCCGGCAUGGUUGGUCAGGGAGGAUACCCGUCCGACCACCAUCAGCAGCACCAUGGACCUUCGCUUGGUGGCUUUAGUGUUGGCAACUUACUUGGCCAUGGUGGCAAGUCCGGUCAUGGUGGUGCGCGUGGGGGGGCCAUGGGUACCGCUAUGAGUCUUGGCAGCUUACUUGGUCACGGUGGUAAAUCCGGUCAUGGUGGGACGCAUGGGGGUGGUAUGGGUACUGCUAUGGGUGUCGGUAGCUUACUCGGUCAUGGUGGCAAGUCCGGUCAUGGUGGCAGCUCUGGUCAUGGUGGUAGGCGUGGGGGUGGCAUGAGUACUGCUAUGGGUGUUGGCGCUGGUGUGCUUGGUGGAUUGCUGCUGGGCGAAGCUCUGGAAGAUGUCUUCGACUAG